AGCCCCACUCACUAAAGGAAAAAGGACUCCACUGGUUACCUAAACUUCUGGACGUUGCUCCAUCUCACCGGAGCUUUUAGCUGGAAUGGAUGCACAAGGCCGAAGCCUGACAGAACAACCACAGUGAAUGGCAGAUUCAAUGGAUGUCAAAGGCCAGUACUGGACUGAUGAGGAAUCUGAUGGUGACAAUGAGUCAGAGCAGUUCUUGUACGGCAUCCAGGGGAGCUGUGCUGCUGACCUGUACCGGCAUCCUCAGCUUGAUGCUGAUAUCGAGGCAGUGAAGGACAUUUACACAGAGAGCGCCAUCUCUGUUAGGGAAUAUGGGACCAUUGAUGAUGUGGAUAUCGACCUCCAGAUCAAUGUCAGUUUCCUGGAUGAGGAGGUGGCGACCGCCUGGAAGGUCAUCAGAACAGAACCCAUCGUCCUGAGGCUACGCUUCUCCCUCUCACAGUAUCUGGAUGGACCAGAGCCCUCGGUGGAAGUGUUCCAGCCCUCCAAUAAAGAUGGCUUCAGCCUGGGCCUUCAGCUCAAGAAGAUCCUGACCACGUUCACCUCCCAGCAGUGGAAGCACCUGAGUAAUGAGUUCCUCAAGGCCCAGCAGGAGAAGCGGCACAGCUGGUUCAAAGCCGGCGGAACCAUCAAGAAGUUCCGCGCCGGCCUCAGCAUCUUCUCCCCCAUACCGAAGUCCCCGAGUUUCCCUCUGAUCCAGGACACGGUGCUGAAGGGCAAGCUGAGCGUGCCCGAGCUGCGAGUCACGCGCCUGAUGAACCGCUCCAUCUCCUGCACCAUGAAGAACCCCAAGGGGGAGCUCUUCAGCUACCCCCCCAACAGUCAGACUGUGGCUGUCCCGGCGGCCAGGGCCCCAGCGCAGAUUACCACGAGGCAGCUGAUUGAAUUGUUUUUCUCAUCCCAGGCGGGCGGACACUGCAAGAACAUCCCCACCUUGGAGUAUGGCUUCUUAGUGCAGAUAAUGAAGUAUGCUGAGCAGCGCAUCCCCACUCUCAACGAGUACUGUGUGGUCUGCGACGAACAGCACGUCUUUCAGAACGGCUCCAUGCUCAAGCCUGCUGUUUGCACACGGGAGCUGUGUGUAUUCUCUUUCUACACUCUGGGUGUGAUGUCUGGGGCAGCAGAAGAGGUUGCGACAGGAGCCGAGGUGGUGGACCUGCUGGUAGCCAUGUGUCGCGCUGCCCUGGAGUCCCCCCGGAAGAGCAUAAUCUUUGAGCCGUACCCCUCUGUGGUUGACCCCAACGACCCCAAAACCCUGGCGUUCAACCCCAAGAAGAAGAACUAUGAGAGACUGCAGAAAGCACUGGACAGUGUCAUGUCCAUCCGAGAGAUGACCCAGGGCUCGUACCUGGAGAUCAAGAAGCAAAUGGACAAGCUGGAUCCGCUGGCUCAUCCCCUUCUGCAAUGGAUCAUAUCUAGUAACAGAUCGCAUAUCGUCAAGCUGCCACUCAGUCGGCAACUCAAGUUCAUGCACACUUCACACCAGUUCUUGCUCCUGAGCAGUCCGCCUGCCAAGGAGGCCCGCUUCCGGACGGCCAAGAAGUUGUACGGUAGCACCUUCGCCUUUCAUGGUUCCCACAUAGAGAACUGGCACUCUGUUCUGAGAAAUGGACUAGUCAAUGCCUCUUAUACCAAGCUGCAGCUGCAUGGUGCAGCGUACGGCAAGGGCAUCUAUCUAAGUCCCAUCUCCAGUAUAUCCUUUGGAUACUCAGGGAUGGGGAAAGGACAACAUCGUAUGCCCACCAAAGAUGAGUUGGUGCAGCGAUACAAUCGCAUGAACACCAUUCCACAGGUACAGAGUCGGUGUAUCCAGUCUAGAUUCCUGCAGAGUCGAAACCUCAACUGCAUCGCACUGUGUGAAGUGAUCACAUCCAAGGAUUUGCAGAAGCAUGGCAACAUCUGGGUGUGUCCUGUCUCCGAUCACGUCUGCACACGCUUCUUCUUCGUGUAUGAAGACGGGCAGGUGGGCGAUGCCAACAUCAACACCCAGGAGCCCAAGGUCCAGAAGGAGAUCAUGCGCGUCAUCGGCACACAGAUCUACUCCAGCUGAGCAUGCUCACAAAGGACUCUCCCCACCCCCCUCACACACACACACACACACACACACACACACAUACAUCUCGUUAUGAAGCAACUCCUCCCUGUGAAGCCCCCCUGUCCCCCUCGGUCCCUUAGAGACAGCCGGAUGGCUCAGGAAAAUCCUCCAGUCAGGAGGAAGAGACGCUCCUUUGCUCUCCUCGUUUCUCCUCCCUCUCCUCUCAUCCCCUCGGUCUCGCAUACUUUUCAAACCUUCCUGUCUUCGCUUCACUCGUUCGUUGACAAGUGUGUGUAUGUGUAUGUGUGUGCGUGUGUGUGUGUGUGUGUGAGAGAGAGAGAGAGAGAGAG